AUUCGACUGGAGGGACCGUUCGGGGGAGGCAACCAGGACUGGUAUAAAUUUGAAGUCGCUGUCAUGGUUGGGGGAGGAAUAGGUGUUACACCUUACGCGUCUAUUUUGAACGAUCUUGUUUUCGGCACGUCCACCAACAGAUAUUCAGGGGUUGCCUGCAAAAAGGUGUACUUUCUGUGGAUUUGUCCUUCCCACCGUCACUUUGAGUGGUUUAUUGACGUCCUUAGGGACGUAGAGAGAAAAGACGUAACCAAUGUCUUGGAAAUUCAUAUCUUUAUCACGCAGUUCUUCCACAAAUUUGAUCUAAGAACAACAAUGCUGUACAUCUGUGAGAACCAUUUCCAGCGUAUUUCUAACUCGAGUAUGUUCACGGGUUUGAAGGCCAUCAACCACUUUGGUCGACCUGAUAUGACAGCCUUUCUCAAAUUUGUACAAAAACAACACUCUUACGUGAGUAAAGUCGGUGUUUUCAGCUGUGGGCCAACAGCGUUGACAAAAACAAUUAGUAAAUCAAUCGAAACUGUAAACAAAUCUCGUAAACUACCGUAUUUCAUGCACCAUUUCGAGAACUUCUAGCUGCGUGCCAUCUGGUGGUGAUCCAACUGUUGGAAAUACGAAAAGGAAAAACUCGAAUUUUGUUGAACGAAAUAUUUUCUUACCGAUUUGGAUGUGUUAAUGUUAAAUUCCUUUAAAACAAACAUUACUGUGUAAAUAAAAUAUUUCAUACUGGCAUUAACAAUCUCUUAAGUUAUUUUUAUAACGAUUUUAAAGACAAAUUCAGACUGAGUAUUGUUGAGUGAUAAUUAAUUGAUGCUAACAAGAACUAGUUAACUAAAGAAAUAAACAACUGGCAAAUAAAAACAAAGAUCCUCAGCCAUACAUAUGCGGUUUAACAAAAACGUAUUCAUACAACUUAAGUUAUAUUUUUGUAGAAGAGUUUAAAAUUAUUUUUAAAAAUAUGAGAAUCAUCAGACUAAGAAAAACAGCGAGUUAUUGUAACUAAUAUCGCGUUAAGCCUAAAAUACACUUCUGUAUAAUCAGAUUAAUGGUAUAAAUGACCUGUAUCGCGUUAAGCCUAAAAUACACUUCUGUAUAAUCAGAUUAAUGGUAUAAAUGACCUGUAUCGCGUUAAGCCUAAAAUACACUUCUGUAUAAUCAGAUAUUAAUGGUAUAAAUGACCUGUAAAGUUUAUAUCCCAACUU